GAUCACAUAUAUAGUUUCUUUGUCAGGGUUCUUUGUGAAAAAAAAAAUCAUAUUAAGCAUACACAUGUUUAAGGAAUCAUGACGUGAUGCCAACAACUGGAGUAGUAGUAGGUGAGGGUUACAAUUAAUUUAAUGUGAUCAAAUGCGUGCAUGCAUAUGUUUAUAUUGUUUUAUAAAUUAUUUAUCUAUAGUGACAAAUGUGUAUUCAUUUUCUGAUGUGUAAUAUAUACAUAUAUAUAAACAGGAAUCUAUACAUAUAUAAACAGAGACCACUUUCACUAGUGCUAAGUGCCAACUUACAAAAUUUAAACAUAGACUCAAAUUUCUUUAAUUAGUGCAAAAGAACAACAAUUUGUCACUAAAACAAAAUUUUAAUACAAAUACCAAAUCGCUUGAUUUUUCCACAACAAUAAUACAAAAAAAAAAAAAAAAUACUCAGUCUAAUACAAAAAGAGAAGAUUAACGGAAUCUCGAACAAUAGUUAUAGCACUUCGUGGACAACGACAAACGCAUGUACAUAUUUGAAAUUUCAGUAUAAAGAGCCAACUCGAAGCCUAAUGAAAAGGACAAGAAGCUCACAUGACCCGAACCAUAUCAUUCAUGGGCCCCUACGCAAUACACGGUACUAAUAUCUCUCUCUCUCGCUAAGCCUUGAAACUCUGUUAAGAACUAAUCUCAAGCCACCAUUUUUCCUCCAUCCUCUAAAGAGAUAGAAAGAGAGAUCCUCUAGUUUGGUAAGAACGCAAUUUGAGUUCCAAGUCCCGAUUGGCUUUAAUUUUUCUCUUUCAUUGGUUUCAUUUGAGAGUCAUCAACGAGAAGAUAAUUUAUAUAUACAGUUUGGUUUCGAUUCUAGGGUUUUCAUAUUCCUCUAAUUUUUUUUGGUCAAAGAAGAAAAGGAAAGAACCAACCGAACCAAGAAGAGAAAAGAAAAUUUCAAGUUCAGCAUCUCUCUCUCUCUCUUAUAUUAUAAGAUCUCGAGUUCACCUAUCAGCAGCGAUGACUAUGAACAACAACAUCAACAAUUCAGUUCAACUAGAACAACAAGAGAGAUGUUUAUCCUUCAUGAAGAUUCACUAAGACCCAUCUCAAGAAAAAGGAAGAAAGAGUAAUCUUGAUGAAGAAACACUAAUUAAGACCCAAGUCAAAAAUCUCAAGACAAGAGUAGCAAGAGUUUGGCAAGAACAACAACAAAGAAGGUUCAAUUUUGAUUCAAGAAACCAUCUUAUAAAUCAAGGUUUCUCCAUCUCAUGGAUCUAUCCUUAGCUCCGGCAACAAACUCCGACCAAGAACAAGACAGAGACAAAGAAUUAAACUCCAACAUCGGAGCAAGCAGUAGCUCCGGAACCGGAAACGACAGCAACUUCCCGAUGAUGAUGACGAUACCGCAGCCGGAGAAAGAACACAUGUUCGACAAAGUGGUAACACCAAGCGAUGUCGGAAAACUCAACCGACUAGUAAUACCUAAACAACACGCGGAGAGGUAUUUUCCACUAGACUCAUCAAACAACCAAAACGGCACGCUGUUGAAUUUCCAAGACAGAAACGGCAAGAUGUGGAGAUUCCGUUACUCGUACUGGAACUCUAGCCAGAGCUACGUGAUAACCAAAGGAUGGAGCCGUUUCGUCAAAGAGAAAAAGCUCGACGCUGGAGACAUCGUCUCUUUCCAGCGAGGGAUCGGAGAUGAGUCCAAAAGAUUGAAACUAUACAUCGAUUGGAGGCAUAGACCCAACAUGAUGACCGUCGUUCAAACACAUAAUCGGUUUGGUAACUUCGGUUUUAACUUCAAUCUUCCGACCACUUCUCAAUGUUUCAACAGAUUCCAUCCAUUGCCGGAAUAUAAUACCGUUCCCAUUCACCGGAGCUUGAACCACCAACGUUCGUAUUAUAAUAACAAUCAUGGUCAAGAGUUUGUAGGGUAUGGUUAUGGGAAUUUAGCUGGAAGGUGUUACUACACGGGCGGCUCACAGUUUGACCAAAGAAGCAUUGUUGGAUCAGAGCCGUUGGUUAUUGAGUCAGUACCUGUAGUUCCCGGGAGAUUAACUCCGGUGAUAUUGCAUCCGCUUCCUCCUCCUUCUAUGGCGGGUAAGAGACUAAGGCUCUUUGGGGUGAAUAUGGAAUGUGGUAAUAAUGACAAUAAUCAACAAGAAGAGUCUUGGGUGUUGCCACGUGGCGAAAUGGGUGCUUCUUCUUCUUCAGCUCUGCGACUCAAUUUAUCUAGUGAUCAUGAUGAUGAGGAUGAUGAUGGUGAUGGUGAUGGUGAUGGUGAUGAUCAGUUUGCUAAAAAAGGGAAGUCUUCUCGCUUUCUCUAGACUUUAAUCCAUGAAGAGUCUCAUCAUCCUCUUCUUUUUAAUAUCUCUUUAUUUUAUUUCAUUAGUUGAUCUUCCAAAAGGAAUUACAUCCCAGCUAGUGAAUGGGAAGAAAAUACGAUCUUCAUUGUUUGUUUGUUUUUUGGUUAUGAGUUUUGUUUUCUA